AUGUCACUAAGAUACCGCUAUAAGGAGAAUGACUUGCUUUUGCAGGAAACUGCGAAUCACAAGCCUGCUGAGAAGCGAAUGCUUCCAUGGAUCUUUACAGAAGAGCUCAAGCAAGCCGUGAACUGUCCAUCAAGAACAGAUGAGCUUUCCCUGGAGCCGGAGGUGAAGCAUCCUAAGGCGAUGGGAUGUCGCGAACGAUGCGCGGGAAUGUGUGUUGUGUCAAUGCAGCACGCCACUGCCUCGUUUCUCUUGGUACUAGCCCUGACUCGCUACUCGUUCGCAGGAGACAAGCCUCUGAUCAUCGAAAAUGGGGCUAUCUGUGAAAACAAAGCUACCGGAUUCUUCGUUGUUGACAAUACUAUACUCGGGACAGUGGAUUCAAUUGUAUACAAGGACACACCCGAAGAAGAUUGUUUGAGAACUUGUUCAACAAACAGGGACCGCUACGGGCGAUCUAUUCUAUGUGCGUCAUUCGUCUAUGAUCAUGUAUCUUUCACAUGCACAAUCUUCAAGGAAAAAGCUAAACCUGAGGGCAAAGCCGAUGCCGUUCAAGCAGUAGGCAAACGCUACUUUGAAAAGGUUUGCCUUGGAGAUGCUGUUCCUAUGGAAUGCGCUGAUGGGCAGUUCAUCCGAGCUGACGAUUCUGUACUGAUUGGCUUUGCUCGUAAUGUCACCCUUGUGGAAACCAUGGAGCAGUGCGUGGAACAGUGCGUUAAAGAGCUAGAUUGCAAGUCCGCUAUGUACUUCUACGAAGAAGGAGAAUGCAUCACAAACACUGAAUCUGCAUUGUCAAAGCCCAGUUCCUUUGCUAAGGAAGAGAACGAAAAAGUCGUGUACUUCCAAAAUGGGUGCAUGACCAAGCUGCAGUCUCGAGAAACCACAACUGCGUUUGCAGAAAUGACCUCAGCCGAAAGGGCCGAAGAAGCUGACACAGCUUUGGAGAAAGGUAGUGGGAGAGAGCAGUUCAAAUCUUCCGAGCCUUUUACCGAAGCCACUGGAUAUACCACCACAGCGGAACUUGAAAAGCGAAGUGAUGAAGAGGACGCGCAAGGAACAUCAUCAGCAGGAUCAACGAGUACCACUGCUGACGCAGCACUUACAUCAGAACAAGAGUCAGAGCUGAAGGAGAAAGCCCCAGAAAACGAUGAGGACUAUGCCGAUGAUGAGGAAGAGGCCAACGCAGUCGCAGAUUCUGACGACUCUGUUGAGGCAAAACGGAACAAGAAGGGCGAGAAAGCCAGUUACAUUAAAUACAAGAAGCAUCCCAAGAACUUUGCUUCGAAGACCGCUAAAAUCACCGAAAAGGAAAAGGAUGGGGCAAGCGAAGUGACCGCAAGAAGUUCAGUCCAAGAAGAGGGAGACUCGCUGAUAGCUGACGAUGGAGGUGAGCCAGUCGAAGGGCAGACCUCACCUCUUGGCAAAAAGAAGCAUUUAUCCAUUGCCCCAGUAGCAGAGAGUGCUGAAAAGGUCAAAGAAGACGCAGAGGUAUUCCUUGGUUUCCUUCCAUCAAGUACAGCUCUAGCGCUGGAGUACCCAACAUAUUUUUCUGAGUGGUCUGACUGGACCCCGUGCAUGAAAGGAGGUGAACGACAGAUUCGCCGCCGCAAAUGCUUAGAUCUUCGCCGUUGUCUCGGAGCCUUGAUGCAGGUCCGUAAUUGUCCUGCUGUGCUGCCACAACCAGUUCAAUCCGGGCCUGUUGAAUCUGUACGAUCCGUGAUCGAAGUGCCUCGUAUUCCGGAGUAUGACGAUAGCGAAACGAACCAAUCUAAUGAUCGGCAGUCUACUGUCAUUCAACCUGUGGAAGCUGUGUGGAGCCCUUGGCUUGGAGUUUGCCAGCACUUCGCUUCUGGUCAACCGUGUAAUGGAGGAGAGAUGAUCGGCUUCGAAUCUCGUGAAUGUAUAGCCAAGGAGCCAAGCCUUUGUGAAGGGCCAUUCUUCCGAUAUUCGCUAAUUUACUGA